AUGCAGGUGUACAAAGGUUCCGAUGAGAUAUUACUCUCCAAAUUGAUCCUGGAUCCGACCCAUUCCAUUCUCGCACAGUCAUUCGACUCGCGACUUCGUCUGGAUAUGAGAAGGCCACACAACGGUGAUGGCUUUGGCAUUGGGUACUACACUGAUCCUAAACUUGGCGCUGAACCUUGCAUCUUCACAUCUACUACUCCAGCUUGGAACUGCAUCAACCUCCAACGAAUUGCCACCAAGACCGCAUCUCCCCUCAUUUUCGCCCAUGUACGAGCUACUACCGAAGGCUCACUCAGCGAUGACAAUUGCCACCCGUUCCGCCACGGCAGCCUGAUGUGGAUGCAUAAUGGAGGCUUGGGCGGUUGGAAGUACAUCAAGCGUCGACUUGGAGAGCGAUUAGCAGACAAGUGGUAUCUCGGAGUCCAGGGCGGCACGGACAGCGAGUGGGCCUUCGCCCUAUAUCUAGAUACGCUUGACCGGAUGGGACACAAUCCAAGCUCUCCACCAGCGAAUGGGUUCGGGCCAACUGUAUUGCGUCAGGCAAUGCUCAAAACAAUCAAGCAAAUCAACGACUUCAUUGCAGAUAUUCCGGAGUCAACUGUUGAGAACGAGAAUGUGGACACUCGAAGUUUGCUCAAUUUUGCGGUCGCCGAUGGACACAGUGUUGUUUGUACUCGGUAUGUGAGCAGCCGCACUGAUGAGGCUGCGAGUUUGUACUACUCAUCUGGUACAUCUUGGGAGGAUAGGAGCAGUAAGGGAGAAUACCAGAUGGAUCGUCGAGAUAAAGGGGCAGAUAUCGUCCUAGUUGCCAGCGAACCCUUAACAUUUGAACGAGAGAGCUGGGUGACCGUCCCCACCAACUCGACCCUGACAAUCCACAAACAGACCGUCAUGGUCCAUCCCAUCAUCGAUGAAUACUAUAACUACAACCCCUAUCAUCAACGCUCCUCCAAAUUCGUUCAGGACAAAGGCCUCAUCACAAACGAAAAAGGAACACUUAAUAGUCCUGCCAGCACGCCGGGUAUUUCCACCGCCAACAAGAAGCUCGGUUCUUCGGCCCCGAACUCGAAGCCUUCUAAUACGCAAGACAGCAUCGCAAACGCAGACUUCCCCCUCUCAUAUGACUCCCGCUCACCGAUGGACGGCCAAACCCGGGGGGAGCUAUCAGUAUCCCGAGAUCACCGUCCCAGCACACCCCCCUCUGAUAUCCGGAACAUAACCGACAUCGAAAACCUACACCCACUUAGUAAUAUCACCAAUCGUACUGCGCGACCACAAGAGCAGGGCAAUACAAAGAAGAAGCGCACAUGGCCUGAGCAGGAUCUAGAGACUGCGCAAGACGAAAACGAACUCGAUACCCCUCCAAGAGCGGCGUACGGUGAUCCGAUGAAAAUCGCGCAGUACUUCCCCGAACUAAAUUAG